CUGCUGGGCAUUCCUGGCCUGGAGGUGGCCCAUGUAUGGAUCUCCAUCCCCUUCUCUGUCACUUACGAUAGCCAUUUGGGGAACAUCAGCAUCCUGUUCAUUGUAAAUAUGGAGCUGAGCCUCCAUAUACCCAUGUACUAUUUCAUCUGCAUGCUGGCUGUCACUGACCUGAUCCUGUCUACUUCCAUCCUGCCCAAAACACUGAGCAUCUUCUGGUUCAAUUCCAGGGAGAUAGGUUUUAGUGCCUGCCUCACCCAGAUGUACUUCAUUCACUGCUUCACAUCAGUGGAGUCUGGGAUCUUUGUGGCCAUGGCUUUUGAUCGUUAUGUGGCCAUCUGUGAUCCUCUGAGACAUUCCAUCAUCCUGACAAACCCUGUGGUGGCCAAGAUCAAACUGGCCGUGGUUCUGCGUGGCUUCAUGCUCAUGCUGCCCCAUCCUUUCCUGGUGAGGCAGUGGCCAUAUUGUAGAACCAAUAUCAUCCCCCACUCAUACUGUGAGCACAUAGCCAUGGUGAAGCUGGUGAUCCUCAGGGCCAUCUUCAGUCUCCCCACAAAGGAUGCCCGGCUCAAAACUUUUGGGACCUGCAGCUCCCACCUUUGUGCCAUCUUAUCCUUUUACAUCCCAGCUGUCUUCUCCUCUCUCACACAUCAGAUUGGCCACAAUGUGCCCCUGCAUUUCCAUGUUCUCAUGGCCAAUGUUUACCUCCUGGUGCCCCCCAUGCUAAAUCCCAUCAUCUAUGGGGUGAGGACCAAACAGAUCCGGGACAGGCUGCUCCCACUCUUUACUUAUAAAGAAACUAAAGUUUUCUCCUGGUGUUCUGGCUCUCAGACCAAGUUCCGUGCUGAGCUGACUGGUGACACACUGGAGGAGCACUGGCUGAGUCUGCCCCAUGCUCGCUACCCUGAGGAACACUUGCCUCGUGCUUGCUACCCGGAGGAGGACUGGCCGAGCCUGCCUCGUGCUCGCUUCCUGGAGGAGGACUGGCCGAGCCUGCCCUUCGCUCGAUAUCCUGAGAAGCUACUUGAACAUCCCUGCGCCCGGUAUCCCGAGGACCAGCCCCGCUUACCCAGCGCUCAGUAUCCGGAGGAGUCCAUGGUGUGGGACACCGUGGAAGAAGCGGGUGAUACACAGGAUGUGGGCGCGGGCUCUUGA